GGGAACCAGGACACCGCAGGGCAGCGGAUAAGGCGCGGCGGCUGUGGCCUAGGGCAUCUCCCCCCCGGCUUCCCGAACCCUGCCCGGUCCGACCCGAGGGGGAGGAUGGAAGAACCAGCCGCGCUCUGAGCCCCUCAGGAAAAUAACACCCUUCCGGCCACAUCACCCCCGGUCGUGCGGAGGCCACCGCCUCGUCCCCUCCACGUCUCCAUCUCCCAAAACAGGGCCGAGUGAAAAAGGGAGCGAUGGCAGAAAAUCUGAGAAAACUGGUCUCGAGCGAAACUUUACAAUCGAUGCACGACAAGCUAGAGUCCUGGCUGAGGGACUACAACACAAACACAUGUGAUCAAAAUCUCAAUCGUUGCCUUGAGUUCAUUGAACAAAUUUCCAAAGUGCAAGGACAACUCUUCAGGAUCCUCACCACGGCUGCCCAAGAAGGAGGACACAAUGAUGGUGUGGAAAUAAUCAAAUCGCGCCUUUUGCCUUGGCUGGAGGCCUCCUUUACUGCUGCUUCCCUGGGAAACACUGUUGACAGCAAGGUCCCCUCUCUACAGGACACGUUUGAUAAGGAGAGACGUAAAGAUCGAGAUCAGGACAUGCAGCAAUUGGACUCUGAGUUGAAUUCAACUCGUAAUCAACUCAACCAGGUUCAAGACGAUCUGGCUGAAACUGAAAAGACUCUUGAAGAAACCAAGAACAGAUCGGCCAUAUCCCUUCUGGCUGCAGAGGAGGAAAUAAAUCAGCUAAGAAAGCAGCUUAAAUCUCUUCAGGCCCAGGAGGAAAGCCGCCACAAAAACUUAGAACACAGAAGCCCAGAGCACUGGAGUGUGGACUCCAGAAGCUCGGAGCCCAGGACCUCAGAGCAGAGGAAGUUGGAGCAGCGGGUCCUGGACAAGAGGAGCACAGAACACCGGACCGAAGUGAUAUCCGAUUAUGAGAAACAGCUCCAGACGCUGAAGGACGAGAUAGCGGUUUUGUCCGCUGAAAAAUCUGUACUCCAAGGAAGGUCGGUCCGGAGCCGCACUCCCAGCCCGGACACGCGCAGCCGCAGCCGCAGCCGCAGCCGCCCCGCCAGCCCCUCCACCGCAGUGGCCAAGGUCAGGAGCCCGUCGCCGAACCGCGCCAAAGCGUCCAGCGUGGCGCGCAAGGCUGCCCUCCUGUCCCGGUUCAGCGACGCCUAUUCCCAGGCCCGCCUGGAUGCACAGUGCUUGCUUCGACGCUGCAUCGACAAAGCUGAGACGGCGCAGCGGAUCAUCUACGUCGCCACCGUGGAGGCGUUCCACGUCGCUAAAAUGGCAUUCAGACACUUCAAGAUCCGUGUGAGGAAAUCGCUGACACCAUCUUAUGCGGGGUGCAGUAACUUUGAGGAUGCCGUCUCGGAUUAUAUCAUUUGUCAUCUGGAUCUCUAUGAUUCCCAAAGCAGUGUUAACGACGUGAUCCGAGCCAUGAAUGUCAAUCCCAAGAUUUCAUUUCCUCCUGAAGUUGACUUUUGCCUCCUCAGCGACUUCAUCCAGGAGAUAUGUUGCAUUGCUUUUGCAAUGCAGACUUUAGACCCACCCCUAGAUAUUGCAUUUGGGGCUGAUGGAGAAAUUUUUAAUGAUUGCAAGUACCGUCGCAGCUAUGACUCCGAUUUCACUGCUCCCUUGGUCUUCUAUCACGUGUGGCCUGCUCUCAUGGAGAAUGACUGUGUCAUUAUGAAGGGAGAAGCUGUCACCAAGAGAGGGGCCUUUUGGAAUUCAGUGCGACCUGUAAGUCGAUGUCGAAGCAGGAGUUUAAGUCCCAUCUGCCCCCGUAGCCAUAUUGGUUUAAGCACGGUAUCUCGAAGCCGGAGUCCUUCUCCAAUAAGAUGUGGAUUGCCGAGGUUUUAAAACCACCAGACACGUUACCUUGCCACAGGACAUCUGCAACAGCCAACUUCCCUCGUGCCUCUGUCUCCUGUGUCUGCCUCAGAACUCACUUAAGAUAAUGUGAAAAGGCAAUUCUGUGUAUCACUCCACACAGAGAGUUAAAUGUUUCGGCUUAGCGUGUUUGUAACUUUCCGAUAUAUUGCAUAAUUAUUUUAUAGACACAAAUUCCAUUAAUUUGAUAAAAACCAUUGCAUAGGUGUUUAGGAUCAUAUUCAUUUGAAGCAAAGGCCAUCGCAGAGGUUUAGGGAUUGCCUCCUCAAAUGCUAGGCUCUUUUGCAGCAACUAUACAAACGCUGAGCCUGACCUGAGCUGACAGAGUCAGUUUAGCUUAUAAACAGAUCAUAAAUAUUAUAGUGGCUGGUAUAGCUUUGAAUCGAAAACACUACUGGGUGUUCUAAUGACCUUUUGUUUGGAAGAUAGCCCUCAUCUAGGAACUUGGAGUAGGUAGCAGGGGCUCCAGGCUACAUGUAGAUGGUGAUGAUUUCGGAGAAUAGAGUUCCCUGGCUUGCUUGUCUAUGCUAUACGGCUUUCUGCUAUUCUUGCUUCCUGCUAUGAGGAUGCCCGGUUUGGGUUAGCUGGGUGCCAGCAUCAAAGCUACUUAACUGAGAGAAUGUUCUUGCUUCAUAAAUGUGGAGCAAUGAUUGGGCCAGAAGCCAGUUUUGAGAUAAGUGGCAAUGACCUCAUGUUUAUUUCGCGGGAAUGCUUUAUACAGUUUAAUGUACAUGUUAAGUACAGAAGCUCGCUGGGACGUGUGUUCUACCUAAUUCACCUGGUUGGGUGCAAAUUCAGACCCCCUAGGAACUGCAGCUGACUAAACAUACCUAAACUCAAGGCUUAAAACUAGGGGUACCAUUUAUUGAUUUUGAAUGGAGCAAACAUACCUCGCUUUCCUCCCUGUGAAGGACUGUUGAAAAAUUCGAGUUCAAUGUACUACUGGAGUGUAGCUUUCCCAAGAUAAGUGAUGUUCUUUCUGCUUCUCCCUGCUGCCCCACUUGCCUGUGGCCUUACACACGGGCUUCACAAAUGACUGCUUUUACUGUGUGCCUUUUAGAGAGAAACUCUGAAUUGGCCACAGCUCAGUCUCUGCAUAAACCCAGUGCCUAAACCGGCACCUAAUGCUUUUUAGGUGAAAAAACCUAAAACAAAACAAAACAAAAACCAAAAACCAAAACCAACAAAAACAAAGCAAAAAAACCUUCUCUGAAGCAUCUUGUCCCUUUUGCUGGUAGCUAGAGAUGAUGGGAGAGAUCUUCUCUACCUCUGUCUCUUGGGUCCAAAGAUCACCCACUCAUUCGGAACUGUGAGGUUAAUUUUUCUCCCUCUGUGUAUUUUUAUGUAGUCAUCACGUUGAGGCAAGGCAGCAUGCUGCAAGGAGAAGUUGGUAUCCAGGUAGCUCCAGUUCUGACUUGGUUAUUAGUUUGCCUUUGUGACCUUGAGCAAGUUACUUCACCUCUCUGAGCCUCAGUUUGUAGAGUGAGGAAGUUGAACGAGAUCAAUGGUUCUCAACCCUCCUAGAUUCAGUGCCCCUUUAUGACAGAUAUUCUGAUCAUUCUGAGAUAAAAUUCAAAGUUGUUAUGAUCCAAAUGCAUACAGACUUUUAAACAAUGAGUAUAGUGUCCUAACUAAUACAAAGCAGAACAAAGGGAAAGCAGUUUUUAAUGAUAAGUAUUUCAGUAAACAGGCAUUGGCAUUGCCAUUCUAGAAGACAAGUCAUCAGAUGCCUACACCUGUGUAGAGUCAUGAGCUACAAAUUCUAGGUCAGUGUGUGCUCACACCACAGCAGUGUUGGAUAUGAUAUUCUAAAAUGGUGGACAACUCUUGGUAAAGUUUUAGACGAGAAACUUAGUUAUACCUUGAUCCACAUAGUAAGUGCAUUCCUGGAAAAGUUGGUUACUUUGAAACCAUGCAACUAUUACUUUGUGUUGUAUGUUAAAGAUCAUUUCUAAAAUCUCACUAAGUAAUGAGAAUGCAUUUUUACGUGUUGAAUGGGGGAACGCAUACGCUGAUUUGCAAAAUGUUCAUAUGUAGCUUAGUUGAUUUGCUCGGUACCCUGUCUGGCCACUUGUCAUCUCUCAAGUCUCUGAUGUGAACUGUAACCACACAGGGAGUAGUGAAGAGUCAGGAAUAACUUUUGGGAAGGAUCUACAAAGCCAGAGGAGGCCGACCUAUACUCAUCUCAUCUGGGCAUUCACUUUAACCUUAGUAACUUUGAAAUGUGAAAAGCUCUUACUUUGUAACUGGUAAAUGUCCAUGUCUGUACUAUUGGUUUAGCAUCUAAAUAAUAAAAUCAAGAAAAAGAGUG